AUAGGUCAUUGUAAGCCUCGUGUACACCACCAGACAGCAAACUAACGGCCUUUCCUCGGCGACCCGUUCGUCAGUGAACUGGAGGCCACUGACGGUCUUUUAUAUACCAGCGGACCAACAGUAGGUUACCAUGUUGUCAAUUCUACAAGAUGAUGCGACGUCCACUUUUGUUGGCCUUGUCGGUGCCUCUGUGCUGAAGUAUGGCUUUACGACAUGGCUGGCUUCAGGCCGUCCCAAAGUCUACGAGAAGGUCGGGAAAGUGUCUAGUCUACAACUUUACCCAGUGAAGUCGUGUCGGGGUCUAGAUGUCAAAACGGCCGAAUGUACAUCUAUAGGACUACGCCAGUAUGGAGUCACCGACAGACAUUGGAUUCUUAGCUGCAAAAGCAACGACUGGAUAAACGCCAAUAGGGAGCCGAAACUUACCCUAGUGAGUGUCAAGCUGCUCGAAGAUACAGUGGAGAUGACAGCCCCGGGAAUGGAACCUCUCUUGGUCCCACUCAACCCCAAACUCGACACGGCAAUGAUCCGCCAUAUUGGCACCGGCCCGAGCGCCAUAGAUACGCUGGAUUGUGGUGAUGAAGCUGCAGAUUGGUUUGUCAGACACACGGGAAGGAAGGGAGUCAGACUGAACUACUCUCAUCCUGAGCUGCAAAAACGGGAAUCAAUCAAUUUCAAACAUCCAUGGGACCAUUAUCCUAAACCUGGAGACCAGAUGGCAUUCUCAAAUUACUCUGCCUACAUGAUGAUGACCAAGGAAAGUCUUGCUGUGCUUAACGCUGAACUAGACUCGCCAGCGAAAAUUAACAACUUCCGUCCAAGCAUAAUGAUGGAAGGAUCGCCAGCUUUCCAGGAGGACCAGUGGGAGGCAGUAAAGAUCGGCACAGCCUCCUUUAGAAUGAUAGACAUGUGCUCCAGAUGCAAUCAAAUCAACGUUGUACAAGAUGAGGGCAAACAUUCGAAGGAUAAGGAACCGUUUACUACUCUGAGAAAAAUCCGGUCUUUCCAGAAGUAUGGUGGCAAACCCUGUAUUGGUAUCUACUUGGCGUUGGACGUGGAAGGAACGAUCAAUGUCGGCGAUGACGUUUACGCCAUCCGGAAAUAGGUAGAUGUGAGAACUGAAAAAAUGUGUUAUCGGAAGAAUCAUGGCUUGAUAUAAACUGUUCAUCACAGUUUACAAUAGCUAUAAUAAAACAGAAUGAUUAUUACUACAAAUAUAUGGAUGAAUGAUGAUAAAAUAUUCAGUUAUCAUAGUUCAGCGAUUAAAAUGUAUGAAAAUUAAAUAUACAUGUGCAAUUUUAA